AUGGCGGCCCUGCAGAGUCGAUCGACCAUGUCGCUCCCUUUUUCUCUCUCGGCGGCAUUUCGCAACCUUUCCCUGUCCUCCUCGAAACGCGCCUUCUCGACGACAUUGCCUACGCAGAAGACGAAAACAUUACCAGACUACAUCCCGCCUUAUCCCUACGGCCCGAACUAUGUCUACAAGCAGUCCAACACGGGUCUCUACGGAGGUGUCAUGAUCCAAUUCGGAAACAAGAUCUCUAAGGGAAGAAACGAGGGGAAAACCCGCCGCAUGUGGAAGCCGAACGUGCGCCGGAAGAAGCUCUACAGCGAAGCUCUCGGCGAAGAUCUGUACAUCAAGGUCACGCGGAAGGCGUUGCGGACGAUCCGGAAGGCCGGCGGCCUCGACAACUACCUGUUGGAUGAUCGGCCGGGGCGCAUUAAGGAGCUGGGGAUUUUCGGAUGGGAGUUGAGAUGGCGAGUGAUGCAGACGCCCAAGAUUCAGGAGCAGUUCCGACAAGAACGGAAGCGCCUCGGCCUUCCUGAACCGCUGUCGUUCGAAGAGUUUGUGAAGCAGAAGGAGGCCGAGCUGAAGGAGAAGGCCGUCGAUGAGACCAAUAUCAAGGAGGUCACGAAGCCGAUUUUCAACGAAAAGCUCUACUGA